AGUCUUACUCGUGGCACGCUAAUAUGAUAUCAUUAGCGGUCAUUUCGCUCGCUUCGCUUCUUUAUUCCGUGGAUAGUUCUUUGUUAACGGUUCCACAAAACCCGAAAAUCUCCGGCGGAGUCAAUGCGUCCCUGGAGGACUUUCCGUACAUGGUGUCGAUCCGUCUGAAGGCGUUGGAAAGCAGCACGGGCUUCGGCGACGGUUUCUUCUGCCAAGGGGUUCUGACUUCCCCGAGGUCAGUUCUGACCAGCAGCGAUUGUGUCCUUAAUGGGAGCGGACCGCGAACUCCGGAAGAGCUGGGUUUGGUUCUUGGGACCGUCUCUCGAACCAAUGCUAGCGGUGCUAUUGCGGUAGAACCGGAGCAAAUUUGGAUCAAUCAUGACGGCCGAGUGGCCGUUAUAAAGCUGGCGCGGGAAGUUCUGUACGUAAGGCCAGUAGUUCUGAACGAAUUCCAGCAGGAUGGUGGGAAGCAGUGCAUUUUGAUGGGAUGGGGAGCGAACAGUACCGAUGGAAAACCAGUUGAAACGUUACAGGAAGUGUAUGUGAGAAUCACGAAGGAAAAGUGUCCACAGAAUCUGAUUUGUGCCAGAGCAGACAAGGAAAAUGCAGGAAUUUGUUUGUGGGAUACUGGAGUACCCUUGCUGUGUGAUGGUUCGCUGUCGGGAGUUUAUGUCGGAAAACCGAAUCACUGCGGCAUUGAGAUUGAACAGUUUGCCAGCGUUCGAGCCCAUUGGGACUGGAUUGGAGCGCAAAUAGCUGCAGCUAAUGGGACGAAUCAUAGAUCAGCUAUAUGGUGUUUGCUAAUUAUGAGCCUUCUGAUGACCAUGCAGAACGUAACUCUCUCUACUCAAUAUCCAACGAUGAAUAAAUAAAAGCGAUAAACGUAAAAAAUAGAAA